UACCUUCUCCCCCAUCAACCCAACCCAGCUACAGUACUGAAAGAAACAAAACCGCCGACCUCACCCUCUCGAAAACUUCAACGGCGUCGAUCUACAUGGGCUUACGGCGGCGACGGAGCCUUCUCUCUCCAUAGCCCGUGUCGUUGAUGGCUUCUUCAAGCUCCAGGAACGCCAUACUUGCCCCAGUACCGAAUAGGUAUCAUGUUGUGUUCGCUCGACGCAUCGGAGCCAUCCACUAGUCAACAUUUAUCCCAGUUUUUGUGCAAACCUGAUCCAUCGAUCAUUCAACCCCUGACCGCAGUACUGCAAAAACCCAUGGACUCCGCCACCGCCACCCGUGAAAUCGCCCACGACUUCUCCCCCUUCUUCCUCAUCUACAAAGAUAACACCGUCGAAUCCCUCACCGCCCCACCACCCCACGCGCCGCCGUCUCCCUCCGACCCCACCACCGCCUCGAAAGACAUCACCAUCUCCUCCUCCACCGCCGCCCGAAUCUACCUCCCAAAACCCACCACCGCCACCACCACUACCCAGAAACUCCCUAUCUUACUAUAUUUCCACGGGGGCGGCUUCUGCGCCGGCUCCGCCUUCUCCGCCGACAACCACCGUUUCAUCACCGCCUUGUCUUCUCAGUCCAACUCCAUCGCCGUCUCGGUCGAAUACCGCCUCGCUCCCAAACACUUCCUCCCCGCCGCUUACGACGACUGCUGGUCAGCUCUCCAAUGGGUAGCCUCUCACACCGCUGCCGCCAAUGUCAAUACCUCGAAGCAGCACGAGCCUGAAACAAGAGAAAAUUGCGGCGACAACGGCGAACCGUGGCUCUCCGAUCACGGCGAUUUCACCCGAGUUUUCAUCGCCGGCGAUAGUGCCGGCGGAAACAUCGCUCACAACAUUGCCAUGAAAGCCGGAAGGGAGAAUCUACCCAAUGGGGUGAGAAUCUUGGGGGCAAUUGCGUCACACGCUUACUUUUGGAACUCGGGUCCGGUCGGGUCGGAUCCGGUUUUAGGCCACGAGGAGCGGGUGGGUUCUCGGCUUUGGAGGUUUGUUUACCCGUCUUGUCCGGGUGGGCUUGAUGACCCGACGAUUAACCCGUGGGGACCCGGGGCUCCGAGUUUGUCGGGUCUCGGGUGUUCGAGGUUGUUGGUAUGUGUUGCUGAGAAAGAUCCACUGAGGGAAAGGAAUUUCAGGUAUUAUGAGGCCGUGAAAGAGAGUGGAUGGAGAGGGGAAGUGGAGUUGUAUGAAGCUAAAGGAGAAGGUCAUGUUUUUCACAUAGCCGAGCCUGAAUCUGACAGUACCGAGAUUAUGAUCAAACGAUGGGCAUCGUUCAUUCGGAAGUGAAUCAAAUUGAUGGUUAAUUGUUUUGUGCUUCUCAUUCCCUUUACGCUAUCCUGUAUUCCUCAUGCUGAAUUGGUUAUGCUUGUAAACUACCCAAGGGAAAUGAUCAUAUGUGAAUGCUUUGGUUUUAUUCAAAA